CAGUGGCUCGAGAAAGCAGCAUUUCUCGCCAUGAGAUUGUACAGACAGAACUUUCUUACGUACAUGAGUCAGCAUGGCGUUAAUUUGAUGGCGUUGGUUAACGAACAUUUUAUUUGUGCACUCUUUCAAAAGGUAUUCGUUGUUUAAUAAUCGGCUAUUGAGAUUUGUGUGGAAAUAAUGUUGAAACUUCUGCUAGCUCUAAUUAAUUACACACUAAAAUUAGUUUUGGUAUCGAUGCAAAAUCCUAGAGUGUGUUUAGGGCAUUUUGUCGUAUGAUAUCGGUGUAAUUUUAAAAAAAAUUGUUUCAAGAAUCUUAAAAUUAUAACACGAUAAAUUAUUUCAGAAAAAUGCAUAAUCCUGUAUAUUAAAUUACAUAGAGUUAAAAAAAUAUUUUUUUUAUUGUUAUUAAUUAAAAAUAAUUUGAUUGAUGGUCAAUGGCGCUAUAAAAUGAAAUGACAUUCUCGCGAAAAAAUGUAAUCAUAUAUAUUAUUUUUUUGGUUUUAUAUUAUAACUAGAGACGUCUUGUUGAUAAUUUUUUUUUUUUAAAUACACACAGGAACCAUGGCAAGACGCAAAUAAUCCCUACGGAGAGGUAACAUGCUGUAAAACAUAAAAAAUCAAUAUUUGUAUUUUAUGUACACAAUUGAAAUAAAAUGUAUAUCAUCAUUCUAUGAUUCUAACGCUUCCCAAUAUGAUAUACAAAUGUCAUGUUUCUAUACAGACAUUCGAAGUAGCAUGUAUAGCAUCAUGGCACGAUAAUUAGAAUAAAGUUAUAGAUAUCAAUUUGAAGAGAAUCCUAUACACAGGAAAUGAGUAGCCAUGGAUUCAAAGAAACAAAACACUAAGUGGUAUCCUCGUAUUCUAAUUAUAUAUCCAGGUAACAUUUCUAAUGAAAGUCCACAUUUUAUUUCAUCCUAAGAAAAAAUAUAAUUUAUCUUUUUUUUUUUUUUUUUUAAAGUCUAAGAAAAGUGUGUUACCUUAGGAUAUUAAUAUAUAUAUAUAUAUAUAUAUAUAUAUAUAUCUUUAUAAUGUUACAGUGGUUGGACGGGGCUUGUCAGUGUUAGGGUGGCGUGGUGGUUGGCGUGGAUGUUGGUGUGGCGGUUGGCGUGGUGGUGUUGGCGUUGCGGUUGGCGUGGCGGUUGGCGUGGCGGUUGGCGUGGUGGUUGGCGUGGUGGUUGGCGUGGUGGUUGGCCUGGUGGUUGGCCUGGUGGUGGUGGUUGGCGUAGUGGUAGGCGUGGUGGUUGGCGUGGUGGUUGGCAUGGUGGUGGGGGUGGUGGUUGGCGUGGUGGUUGGCAUGGUGGUUGGCGUGGUGGUUGGCGUGGUGGUUGGCGUGGUGGUUGGCGUGGUGGUUGGCGUGGUGGUUUUAUUUACAAUAAAAAAAAAAUAAAAUGAAAUAGUUAUUCAAUUAUUUUUUUUUAAAAUUUCUUAACUUUAAUACCAAAAAUGUUUAAAGUCACAACCUAAAUUUAUUUUAUUGAUUUACAGUGCCAUUAUAGAGUGUGAUAAAUUUGAUAAGAUAUAAAGAUACAAAUUGAAUGCAGAGAAAAGUGACAGCUGUUCCCCUAUUUUUAUUUACUCAAUGUAUUCAAUUAUCGAUUAUUAUUACAGGGUCUGACGUUAGUUGGUAUUUGCCGCGACGUUUUUAAAAAGAUAAGACCUUUGGCAGGAAAAUCUUUCUUGGAGAAAACGGGUAAAAAAAAUAUAUUUUAAAGUGCUAUGUGUUUAAAAAUUAUUGAUUAAUUUUUUUUUUUCUUGAUUCAUGUAUUCUAUAUUCAAUAUAUGUCUUAUCUCAAUCUCAUAUGACACGUUUCCAUGUUUCUUACAUUUUAUUAAUUUUUUAAAAGAAAUGUUAAGUGUUAAAUGAUUGGAAAAAGUUUUAUUUUAUUUAUUUACUUUAUUUAUUUUCUUAUUUUAAAAAAAAAACAAUUUAUUUUUCAAUUUUAUUUGCUCCACCGGUUGAAUGAUGGAGAUAAAAAUUAUAUUAAUAUUAAGUCCAACUAAAAUAAAAUGUAUUUUGCUAUAAAAACCACCAACGUUUCUCAACCAUGGAUUUUUUUUUUUUUAGUUCCGCUUCUUUGAUGCGGCGCAUUAUUAUCUAAAUAAAUUCAUUUUGAAAUAAUUUUAACGAUUAUAGAAAUACUCCAAAAUAAUUCGUCUUGUCAACUCAUCAAGUAGUAAGUUUUAAUCAAGAUAGUAUAUGGCCACAGUGAGGCAAGCUUUAAAAUAGAUAAUAUAAAUUGACAUGAAACAUCUUUUUCAAAUUUAUAGAGGAAUCUUUUGACAUGGCUGAUCUGUUAUUUGUGGAUUCUGUAUUUGAGAUGAAGCUGGAAACAUCGCUUCUAUAUUGGACACUUGUUCGAGUAAGUAUUACAUUUCAUUAUUAUAGAAAAUAGCUAUUUAGAGCAGUGGUUCUCAAAUUUUGGUGUGGGAGUAAAGGUCAGGAAUCACUGAAAGACUUCAGGGAUUUGAGGGAUGGGGAAACUAGGCAUCUCUAAGGGGACCCUGGGACUCCCAAGGGGGGAGAUGGAAUAAUAUGGGGAAUAAAAUAUUUCGAUUUUAAAAAUAGAAAAUUUAUAUUUUAAAUACAAUUUACAAUAUGUAUUACAAUGUAAUAAUGAGUUUUAUUUUCUGUUAAAGACUAGUGCAGAAUAGUCAUAUAUUUUCCUCACACUAACGGAAGAAGUGUCAUAAUCUGUAUUAUUCUUUAAGGACUUGAUCGCCAAAGAAAUUAUUGAUGAAAAAAAUCAGUGAUGAUCAUUGAUAAAGUCAAUUAAAUUUUAGAAAUAUCUCUUAAGAACUGACUAAUUAUGAUGCUCUGUGUUGCUAAUGAUGCAUAUUUCGCUGGAAAUAUUUGAGGAAAUAUUUGAAGAAAAUAAUAUUGUAAAGCUUACAAAAUGAGAAAGUUACAUCCACACACAUUUAUCAAAGAUAGCUAAGAUUAGCUCGAUCAGGCCGAAUUGUUUCUUAUAAAUAAACGACCGAAAGAUGUACCAAUUCUUUUGUUGCCCAGUCUGCUUCAGUUUACCAGCGUGCGCACCCAGUGGUACCAAAUCGAUGUGAUCACUAAUUAAGUCGUUCUUGUAACUUAAGCAGUUCAUUUGUUGUGAUUUCUGAGCUAGAGAAAUACUUAAAUGUCUCCUGUGUAAAUUGUUAUAAUUAUAACGUGCUGUCUGUGUAUAAAUAUGUAUUUAUUUACUGGCUGAAAACGAAAACAUACAAUGUAAUUUUUUUUAAAAAGAAAACAUUUCUAUUUAUUUGGAUCAAUUAAGAAUCUUAAAUUAUUUUAUCUUAAUAGAAAUAUAUAUGUAUGCACCUUUUAAAGGAAAUGUCAGCCAUACUGAUAGUUAUUGCUACAUACAUUUUCUAAGCACCCGAUUCAUGCAGCCUUGAUAGCAUACGGGAUCUCCAAGAGUUUAAAGAAGUCUACCCAAGGAAAGGUUACAGUUUUAAAAGAGAAUAUGACGUAAGUUUUAUUCCUGUUUAAAAUACAGAAUAUCAAGUCAUAGUGUUUGUCCUUUCUAAAUACUUAACACACAUCAAAUGUGUUAAGUAGUUCUUAAAGAUUAUUUAUUUAUGUAUUUAUUUUUUUCAAACAGAACAUAUCGCAAACUCUUAAUUGAGGCAGUCAACAACAGUUACUAUAAAAGCAGGCCAGAAACGUUCAAGAUGCUGAAACAACAAAUUCCGGAAUGGGGAAGUGCCAGUUGUAUUCAGAUUGCUCUAGCAACAAGCAAUAAGAAAUUUCUCUCCGAAGCACCGCUUGUUAAUAUGAGGGAGUGCAUCUGGAACGGACAUGUGGGUCAAGAUGACAGCUCUAAUAUUUGA